AUGGCAUUGCAAGUCAAGGAGUUUGAAGAAAGCGAUCUGGAGUCGGAGGACCUCAAGCCUUUGCUGGUAUCUGUCAGGUACUUCAAGGCCCAAUACACUCAUCAUGCUUCAGAAGCGGAUUUCUAUUUUGAAUCCCUGCGUCUAGGCAUUGAGACCGCGGAGAAGCAACCACCAUCGGCAGUGGAGUACGCGCUUUUGCAGCAAUCAGCAAAUAUGGAUUCUGAAGAGAGCCGGGAGCGUCUUCUCAAAGAGUUGCUGCAAGACACAUUGCAGGGGCCUACAUCGCGCAUAAUGAAGGCCAAUCCGGCCAAGCUUGCCAUGCGUGAACUACCGCCUGGGACCUGGUCCCAAAUCUACAACCUCUACUGUGCACAUCGCUUGGCAGUGAAGGAGGAAGCUGCCAGCAGAAGCACGUUUUACAAGUGCACUGAAGAUUGGCGACGGGCUCUCAAGUUCCGGCGGCGCAGCCAGCAUAGCAUAUGCCUCACAUGCGACAAAAUCAAGUCUCGCAUGAGGCACUCAUCCAGCUUCAUCGAACAUGCAAAGCACACAGAUGCUUUGCUGGGACACUUGGCUGGUACAUGGCGGGCCCGCGAAAAGUACUGGGCUGCUAGGGCCGCUUCUCGUGCGAAGGACGACGUCCUUUGCAUAAUAACCGAUGGAUUUGAUAAAUCAAAACCAUGUGUACCGCGUUGGGCACAUGGAAGAGCCCCCAAGCAUCCUACAGUGGAGAAGCACCCUCGAACAGCGUUGCAGUUGUCUGCAUGCUUGGCCCACGGCUGGGGAGCAGUGAUUUUCCUGGCUCCUGAACAUGUCAGCGCUGGAGGGAGCUUCGCGUGGGAGACAGUCUUGCUGACGAUGAACGAAGUAUGGAAGCAGAGCACCAAGGAAGGUUUGCCUGCAAAUGCAAGACUUAGUGAGCGUUUGCCACGGCGAUUCAAUCCGAACCACAAGGAUGUUUUUGCUUGCGUCAAGCACGAGCUUGCAGAUGAGGAUUGGAUGCAAGACCCGCUCCUGACCCUUCCAGGUGAUGAGGAAAUGGAAAUCCAGCAGUUUUGGCUGAGAGCUCUUGGCCAUGUUGGAACCAAGACGCACCUGUCACCGGAUCGGUGCGAAGCGCUGAAGGAACUGGCGGAUGCCUUGUCAGGCUACCCACAAUACGAGAGGGCGUGCGCCUACAUGCGAAGCAUUGCAGGGGCAACGUCAUACCCACGACGGGACGCAUGGCCACUGGAAUUUCUAAGAGAUGCUGCUGUCCAUGCUGAGAGGCUUGUGAUUGCCAAUUUGCCUCCCCGGGAGGAACGCCCAAGGGCACAUGAACUUCAAGUGCACUUUCACCAUCUGCGCAGAGGGUGA